UCAGUGCUCGACGUGAUCUAAGGACUCCCGCACCAUUGCUUUGUCCCGCGAUGCAUCGCAAUCUGCGCACAAGAACGUAGAAUUUUCGUUAGAAUCUUGGGUUGAUAGUUUGCUCGUCGAUGUAGGGCGAACCGGAAGGGUGGUUAACGACCUGACCCACCGCCGCUGAAGCAGUUCGUCGCGUUCGAGAUUGGGUUGACAGUUCAUGGCAGAUACUUGGAAAAUGAGAGGGGGGACAUUGAAGAUCGUGGCCCUUGUGGCUGUGCUGGCUUUUUUUGUGUUCUUGGAGUUCCAAACCGCAGAGGCACAACUUGUUAAUGAGUGCAGGUCACAGACACUCAAUAAUUGUGAUGUAAAUGCGUAUUGUUAUGACACUCCCAACUCAUACUUCUGUCAAUGCCGCCGCGGAUGGUAUGGGGAUGGUCUCGUUGGACCGGGUUACAACGGAUGCACGCGACGUCGAAUAUCAACAUGGCGAAUUAUAGUUUCUAUCAUUGGGUCGAUUCUCGGUGCGCUUCUACUCGCGUGCUGCUUGGCGGGCUGUAUCAGGAAUUGUGUGAGGGCAAGAUCACGCAGAGCCAUGGAACCACAGGGUGAUCCUGCAUAUGGAUAUCCUGCUCAGCAACCAUAUCCCCCGCAGCAGGGCGUUCCGAUGCACGCAACUCAGACCAACAAAGUCCCUCCUCCAGCAGGAGUUGUUUAGAUGGCUGGGAAUUCCAAUCAGUGACAGGAGCUGGGAGAAGUAGAAUACUAUUUAUUUUUUAUAUCGAUUACUUAUAAGCUCUCGAGUUGUACAUUACACGGAAACGGCUAGUCGCAUGUUCUUUUAGAUCACCUAUGCAUAAAUAAGCUUGAUAGUAAUAGCUUGGUUAGUGCAAAUUUCCAUUCUUAGAGUACAGCAGGAAACAAGUGGCUUCUGUGAUAUGAUCUCUUUUGAAUUGUUGAAAACUCUUUCAUAAAUGAUUUCUGUUAUUUUCUUGUUCCAAGAUUCAGUAACAA